UUACAGCAACCAGAAGUAGAAGGUCAAGAGCACUGUAGGAGAUUUAGAAUUGAAAAUGGAGAUUCCCCAGGGGAAAAGGACGAGAUGUUUGGAUCGCCAAGCACGCCGGUCCUUGAAAAUCCCGAAUACCAAACAAGAUGGUACUUCAAAUAUUUCCUAGGAAAAUUGCAUCAGAACUACGUUGGACUGGAUAACGACAAAUCACCUUUUUUUCUAAGUAUAGUAUUGAACGAGGAUAGCAGUACGUGUGUUCCCCUCUGUCGAGCGAUACUAUUCAAGAAAACUGGAGCCCAGAAAAUUUCAUUACCCAUAUCGCAGCACAAAGUUCUGACAGUGAAACAAAUACUGUCGAAUUUUCCAAACAUGGACAAGAUAGAAAAAGGACCGAAGGAGAUAUUUUCGCCAGAUAUACAAAAAGACCUGCUACUUCUGGAAGAGCAGGAGGGUUCGGUAAAUUUCAAGUUCGGUGUCAUAUACAUGAAACUGGGUCAGACCAGCGACGAUGACAUUUUGAGUAAUGAAAACGGCAGCUAUAGGUUCGAACAAUUUUUAUCUCUUCUUGGAGAUAAAAUCAAAUUACGGGGAUGGGAUAAAUACAGAGGUGGCCUUGAUAUCAAAGGCGACAUGACCGGCAAGUUCUCCGUCUACACCAUCUACGAGGGCCACGAGAUCAUGUUCCACGUCUCCACUUUGCUUCCGUACUCACGCGACAACCGGCAGCAGGUGGAAAGGAAACGCCACAUCGGAAACGACAUCGUUAACAUCGUGUUCAUCGACGCGCAAGAUGAUCCGGAAAGCGCGCACGCGCAGUUCAACCCGACGUGCAUCAAGUCGCAGUUUACUCAUGUAUUCGCAGUUGUUACCACAGAUCAUGACAAUCAGUACCGCCUCUCGGUAUUUUCCGACGAAGCCGUGCCACUUUUUGGACCGGGUCUUCCAUGCCCCCCAGUUUUCUGCGAUCCCUAUCUCUUCAGAGAGUUUCUGCUAGUGAAGUUGAUCAACGGAGAAAAAGCAACAUUCGAGACUCCAACGUUUUCUAGGAAAAGGCAGAGAACGCUGGAUAUGCUGAUCAAAGACCUCUAUUCGGAACAUAUGAUUGACAGCAGAAUG